AUGGAUCAAACGAUCCAUGCUAUUCGGGUGGGUUGUGAAAACUGCAAUGGGCCUCAUCUUACUAGAGAUUGUGACUUAGAUGAAAAUGGCAACAAGAAGGUGCAAGUUUGUUACUCAAGUGGAGACCGAUAUGAUGAAGAUUGGCGAAGACCAAAGAAAGAGUGGCUCCCUUAUGAAGAGUACAAGAAGGCUAAGGAGGAGAAGUUCAGGCAGAAAGGAAGAAGGUUUUACCAAAAGGAGGAUCCGACACAAGAAAGAAAACCAAGUUUGGAAGAAAUGCUCACCAAAUUUGUAGCUGCUUCAGAAAAGAGACAUAGUGAUCAUGAUGUUGCAAUUCAAGAAACAAGGACCAUGCUUAGAAACCAGCAAGCAUCUAUCCACAACAUAGAAACGCAACUAGGGCAACUUGCUCAACAAAUCAACCAAAGAUCACCGGGCGAACUUCCUAGUAAAACCGAAAAUAACCCACGAGGCGCGCACAUAAAUAUAGUUACAACAAGAAGUGGGAAAAUAAUCACUCCCCUGGCCCCUAUUCAGACUGAAGCAUCCAAGGAAUCACAGAAGGAGGAAGCAAAAAAUCAAGCAGAAAAUCAAAAUCUCCAAUCUGACAGCUCUACUCGCCGGGUACAACAUAUGGACUCGGCGAGUCCACUGCCAAAUCCAAAGGAUCAGACCCCUGAAAAGCUUUACCAGCCUCCAUUUCCAUACCCAACCCGAGCUAAGAAAGAGAAGCAGGAAGAGGAGUACCAGAAGUUUCUAGAUCAUAUCAAGGCUCUUCAAAUCAACAUACCCUUCAUCGAAGCUGUCGUACAAAUGCCCAAAUAUUCAAAGUUCCUUAAGGAACCUCUCACUAACAGAAGGAAGAUGGAAGAAGUGAAGAAGGUAGUCCUCAAUGAAAACUGCUCAACUGCUAUGCUAAAUAAGCUACCAAAGAAGAAGGGUGACCCGGGGAGCUUAACUUUACCUUGCCAAUUUGGCAACUUGGCUACCAUUCAUGCUUUGGCCGAUUCGGGAGCAAGCGUAAACCUCAUGCCAUAUUCAUUCUUCAAGAAGCUUGAUCUCCCGGAACCAAGACCAAUUCGCAUGGUGACAGUCACUUUCCCAAGAGGCAUAUGUGAAGACUUAUUGGUCAAAGUGGACAAGUUUGUAUUUCCCGCUGAUUUCAUCAUUCUAGACAUGGAGGCGGAUCCACAAGUCCCAAUCAUCCUUGGAAGACCCUUCAGGUUCACUGCCUUUGUGUGCUUAAUUCAUUAA